AUGAUACUUAGCAAGAAGCUCGAUAGUAAGAUUGAGCUGACCAAGGUACUUCCUCGAACCCACAAGAGUGUCCAAAUUCUUGCUGGAGACGGGAAGAGUGUGGGUACUGUUAGGCUCUGGAAUUUUGUUUCAGGGACUACUAAUGCUCGUAGGAAAACAACGGAGAAGAUCGUAUCUAUGGACGAUGAAAGCAGGACACUUAUUUUCAGUCUCAUUGGUGGCGAAGCCAUGCAGUUGUAUAAAACCAUUCAGUACACAAUGAGUGCUGCUCCAAUCAAGGGUAAUGAGCAAAGCUGCUUAGUGAAAUGGACCCUAGACUAUGAGAAACAAAAUGAUGAUGUCCCUCCUCCAAAUCACUUAGUGGAGUUCGCAACUUACAUUAUUGAAGGCAUUGCUAGUCACCUUCUCAAAAAGGCUUAG